AUGUCGUUUCGUACGCUAAUGGCCAUUGCCGCGGAACACGACCUCGAAUUGGAACAGAUGGAUGCAGUCAAUGCUUUUGUUCAUGCCCCCCUCGACGACGAAGAAGUUAUCUUCAUGAGGAUGCCACCGGGCUCUCUACGGACUACGCCGCUCGCCGCUCCUCUGGCAACAGAUGCUUACGUCGUCUCUAGAGGAACUGGGAUUCAGAAAAGUUCCCAGGAGCCGUGUGUCAUGGUGAAGGGAGCGGUGACCGUCUUCUUCUACGUUGAUGACAUCAUCUGGGCAUUCCGGAAGGAGGACGAAGGGUCGUCGAAGAAGCUACUCGGGGACUACAGAAAAGAUCAACCUAACUCGGCUUGGAGAACCUCGCUGGUUCUUGGGAUUCGUAUCCUCCGCGAUCGUCAAAGGAAGACGCUUUGGCUGACGCAAGACGCCUAUAUCGACAAGAUCGCGUAUAAGUUCCUGUUAAACAACGACAACGCCCCUGAGUCUCUCAAGCUCCCAGACACGCCAAUGAUCUCUGACGAAGAGCUCCUGCCAGCUACAAGCCAAGCAAAUGAAAGGGAAAAACAUCAGUAUCUCCAGAAGGUUGGUUCCGUGCUCUUCUCAGCAAUUUCAACGCGACCAGAUAUUGCGUUUGCCGUAUCCCGACUGGCAAGACAUAACCACAAUCCCGAUGAGAAGCACCAGAAAGCAGCAGACAGAGUUAUCCUCUUCCUCUUUGCAACGAGAUCGUACGCGUUACGUCUCGGAGGAGGAUCGAAGGAAGCGGAGCUGUUCCUCUGUUCGAGUGACGCAUCGUUCGCAGACAAUUCAGUCGACAGGAAGAGCUCACAAGGCUACGUCAUGACCCUAUUUGGAGGAUCAGUGGCGUGA